AUGUACAAGGUAUUGGAGCGCAUUAUCCUGGACCUACUCAUUAAACGUCGCGAAGAAACAAAGCGAGACGAGCAAGCUGGCUUUCGUCCUGGUCGAUCUACGAUUGACCAAGCAUUUCUGGACUUUGAAGCCGCGUUCGAUUCUCCUCACCGAGGCCGUCUUCGCAACGCGCUCCGCGCCGAUGGAGUACCAGGAAAGUUUGUUCGCUUGCUUGAUGACAUGAAUCGACGAACAACUGCUGCAGUUCGAACAGCAGCCGGAUAUACAACACCGUUUGAGGUGGUAUUUGGAGUAGGACAAGGGGCAGUGGCAGGCCCCUUCCUGUUCAAUCUCGCCAUCGAUGAUAUUAUGCGAAGAACAGUAGAUCAGUGUACUGCCGAUAUCAUUCUUACACCAUCAGGAUACCCCUUGACCGAUCUCGAGUACGCUGACGAUGUUGUUAUAUUCGCGGAAAGCAGUACGAAACUUCAACAUGUUGUAAACCUUGUAUUGAAGCUGGCUGCAGCCUAUGGACUACGUCUACGCCCUGAUAGAUGCAAGCAGAUGUGGAUCUCUUCGUGA